UUAAAACCCCAAUAUUAGUCCCCAGGAAAUGGGAAAGGAAAUUGAGAGCAUGUCUGGAGAGUAUAAAAUCAGGAGCUCCAUCAAGGUGAAGGCAUUCAGAUCUGGCUUUUUGCCUCUUGUGAAAUUGAACUAAUAACUGGACCACAAGAAAGAAACUCAGCUGAGAAAUGAAACUUCUCACAGCACUCAUUUUCCCAGCCCUGAUUGCCAGCAUCAAACAUGCCAGCUGCCAGCUCUCUGAAGAAAGCUGCACACAUCUCGCCAAUCUCCUGCCCCUUCGGCUCAAAGACCUGCGGAUUGCAUUUGGUGAAAUUAAAGAUUAUUUUCAAGCCAAAGACGAUGAACUUGACAUCUUGUUGCUAAAGGAGGAUUUACUGGAAGAUUUUAAGGGUUAUUUGGGCUGCCAGUCAGUGUCAGACAUGAUCCGAUUUUACCUGGAUGAAGUCUUACCGAAGGCGAUCAACAGCAGCAAACACAUCAAGCGGAGUGUGGGCUCCAUUGGCAACAUGCUGCUGGACCUGAGGCAGGCACUGAAGCGCUGUCAUAGAUUCUUCACCUGCGAGAAGAGGAGCCAGACCUUGAAGCAGAUCAAGGAAACAUACGAUAAGUUACAAGAGAAAGGAAUCUAUAAGGCAAUGGGAGAAUUUGACAUAUUCAUUAACUACAUUGAAGAAUACUUGAUGAUGAAGAUGGUAAAGUGAAACCCAAAAAAGUUCUGCAUCUUUCACCACAAGGAAACUGCUGUUUUAUAAAAGUAACGUUAGACUCUCCAAACGCAUGAGACAUAGAAUAAUCUUAUGGUUUGGGCCAAGGGCUAUGGCUGAACAGUAUUAAUGCUGUACUUUAAAAAACAUAUUAUACCUACCCCAUAUUAAGUAUUUAUUACUUCCAAUACCUCAAUGUUUACAUUUACAGGUGUCUUUUUUUUAAAUAGGAAAAAGCAAUGUCAUUUUUAAACUAUUAUUUAUUGUUUGAUAUUUGUACUUCGUAUGAUUGUGCUAUUUUUACACUUAGCUUGGAAAUACCGAAACUUAUAUUUCAGGAAAUACUCUUGAGGGAGUAGAUAAUGAGUCAUACUCAUCCCUGGUGUACUUCUGCUGAAGUCAGGGUCUGUCUAAUCGGGAGUUCUAGGCCCCAAAUCCAGCAAAGCAUUUAUACCUAUGUGCUUAAGGUUAAGCACAUGCUUAACGGCUUUGCUGAAUCAGGGCCCUACUCUCUAAGCUAAACAUCUGUAGGCAUGGUCUCUGUUCUGUAAUUCAGAAAGGGAACUAACCUGUUCUCUAGAAUCAGAGCUCUUAAGCCUUAAAAUAGCCAAUUAAUCAUAGCUAAAACAGGGCUUUUUCUUUCCUAAAAAGGCUUUUUGGUCAGCUUUUACAUGAAAUGAAAUUUGGGGGUGCAGGGUUUACAUUCAAAACCUUGAAUUCUCUAGGAAACACUAGCAGAUGAUGUAACAAACAACAGACUCUGAUCAACCUGACCUGAGUUUAAACUUAGCUCACUAUCAUAAGAAAAAACAGUAUUUGGAAUGAAAUGCUUUGGUUCUAAUAGAACUUAACUUUUAACUGCUACUAGCCAUUUAAUCACCUGACUUUCAGAGCUGCUGGGGCAUCCACAGUGGUCCUUGAAGCCCACGGGAGCUGCAGGAGCUCAGCACCUUUGAAAGUCAGGCCAUAGUGUCUUAUCCUUCAGUCUUUGAUGGGGAUUAACUCACUGACUGGUUAGGGUUGUGGGGGAUAAUUUAAAUUAUUACCCACCGUUUUAAGGUGGAUUUGGUAAUUUGCAUUCAAAUGCAUGAAGCUGCACAUAGGGCUGGCAAGGGUUUGUUUUGCUUUAUUUCUCACAUUAUGAACCAGGAGCUGCAACCGGAAAAUGCUACACUAGAAAUGUUACAACCAAUGCUGGUUCUAUAUACCCAGAGAAUCAGUAUUCUCUGUAUGUCAGUAUUUGAUUCCACCUUGUUUCAUGGGUUCAAUAUGCAGAGAAUAACAGAGAGUGAAAUGCAGUAAUGUUUGGGAGCUGGGUUCUAAUAUUUAGAAGCACUAGGAUGCUCUACUUUAAUGAAAAACUGUCAGUUUGUCAUGCGUGUUACUGUGCUUUGUAAGUUACCAUUACGAAAAGAGGUAAGGAGAUUUAUAUUUAGCUUGUAUUUCCAGAGCUAACGCCACAAGGGCGAGGGUCAUGUCCCUGUCCUGGGAAUGCAUUAUAAUGAAGCUGGUUAUGCAACAGAAGUAACCAGCCCAACUGCAACAGCGCUGUUCUGCAACUCAGAGGGCUAAAAUUCACUUAGAGAUGGUACCUAAGUCAGGGUAAGGGCAGGCUUUGGUGUAAACGGGUGUAAAAUUCAAUCAGGCUUCUGCAAAAGUCUGCCCCUUUUUGCAUUAAACUCCCGUCAAGCCAACUCUGCACUCCUUAUUCCAGCAAAACUCCCUUUGGCUUGAGUGACGUCACAGGGCUGUGAACUGGGCAAACGGGUUACAGCAAUGGCAAACAGACCAAAAGUUCCAUCUUGCCAGCUGCAAUUUCAGUUCUGCAAGACGUGUUGCUGUUUAGAGGGCAGUGCGUUUGCAAGUGCUCUGUUGAUGUGUUCAUGUGCAUGACUGCAGAAUUUUCAUCUGUUUUUAUGUGUAUGUAAAAAUAAACUUUGUAUGUUUUCU